CUUGAUUUCCCAGGCACCCCUGCGCCUGUCCGCGACGGCGGCUCGCAGGAGCCAAGCAGAGCGGAAGGCGAAGCCACAGGCAUCUUCAUUCACGCAAGCCGCGGAGGUUUGGGGGUCACGCGGCGGAGAGGGAGGGACAUGGAGCGGGCUGGGGGCAUCCUCUUCUUCCGGAGGCACCGGAGCAGCUCGCCCGAGACCGUGAAGCUGAGGAAGAGAAAGUCUGUCUUGUACAGCAGCCCCCCGGAAGGGCGCACGGGAAGCCGCUUCGAUCUUCUUGGUGAAAACAUUUACCUGGUCUUGUUUACCAUAUUUCUAAGAAUACUUAACUGCUUUUUAGUCCAGACAAGCUUUGUUCCUGAUGAAUAUUGGCAGUCUCUUGAAGUUGCACAUCACAUGGUUUUCAAUUAUGGUUAUUUGACCUGGGAAUGGGCUGAAGGUUUGAGAGGUUUCUCUUACCCCUUAAUCUUUGCAAGCAUUUAUAAGAUUCUGUAUCUCUUCACAAAAGAUAGUGUCCAAUUGCUGAUUUGGGUUCCUAGACUUGCCCAAGCACUUUUGUCUGCUGUAGCAGAUGUGAAGCUUUACUCAUUGGUGAGGCAACUAGAAAACCAAGAAGUGGCAAAAUGGGUGUUCUUUUGCCAGUUGUGUUCUUGGUUUACAUGGUAUUGCUGUACCAGAACUCUCACAAACUCCAUGGAGACUGUUCUCACCACCUUUGCUCUUUUCUACUAUCCACUGGAAGGUUCAAAGUCUGUAAAUAGUUUUAUGUACUCAUCCCUGGUAGCACUUGCCUUCAUUAUUCGUCCAACGGCUGUCAUUCCAUGGAUGCCUUUGCUCUUUAGACAUUUCUGGCAAGAGCAGAAAAAAUUUGAUCUUGUUCUACAGCAUUUUAUACCUGUUGGGCUAGUCACUUUGGGUUUUUCUUUGAUAAUUGAUCGUAUAUUUUUUGGUCAGUGGACAUUUGUUCAACUUAAUUUUUUGAAGUUUAAUGUGCUAAAGAACUUGGGUAAAUUUUAUGGAUCUCAUCCAUGGCAUUGGUAUAUCUGUCAAGGGUUUCCAGUUAUCUUAGGCCCUCAUCUACCCUUCUUUAUUCAUGGAUGCUUCCUAACUGUAAGAAGAUAUCAGAUACUUUUGGUGGCUAUAGUAUGGACAGUGCUGGUUUAUAGCUUGUUGAGCCACAAAGAAUUCAGGUUUAUCUAUCCAAUUUUACCAUUUUGUAUGGUAUUCUGUGGACAUUCUUUAAAUCACUUGAAAACGUGGAAGAAACCAGCACUCAGUUUUCUGUUUUUAUCAAAUGUGAUGCUAGCCCUCUAUACUGGUUUGAUUCAUCAACGUGGUUCUCUUGAUGUUAUGACUCACAUUCAAGAACUCUGUGAUGAUUCCCCUAAUCAGUCUUCAGCCUCUGUCUUUGUAAUGAUGCCUUGCCAUUCUACUCCUUAUUACAGCCAUGUACAUUGUCCACUUCCGAUGAGAUUUCUUCAGUGUCCCCCAGACUUGAAUGGAAAAGAGAAUUAUCUUGAUGAAGCAGAUAAAUUUUACUUAAAUCCAUUAAGUUGGCUAAAUCAAGAGUUUUCCAAUAAUACAUUAUUGCCUACUCACUUAAUCAUCUUCAGUGUUUUAGAAGAGCUAUUCCCUAUUCCCUGAGAAACAACAAUAUUUAGGCCAAGUAAUAAUCCUACAAUGGCCUCUACAGCUUCAAGCAAUAGAAAGAGUGAAUGGAUGCAGCAAAUUUCAUUGUUGUAUUAUAUCAUCCAGAUCAGUCAGGAACCAUCAAUAUGGAGGCAAGACCAUCCACCAGCAAAAAUGAUCUGCUGAAGGCUCAAAUGAUAGUUAGCACUUUUUAGCAAUAAUCUCUUUUUAAAUUAAGGUAUGUACACUUUUUAGAUAUAUUACUGCACACUUAGUAGACUACAGCUUAGUGUAUUAUAAUAUUUUAUAUACAA